GCCCAUUGAUUCCAUUAAAUGAGGUCAAGAUGGCGGACGAUUUGGGGGAUGAGUGGUGGUUAAACGAUGAAGAAAACGAUGAAAGUUUUACCCCGAAUGGAAAGAAAACGUUUCAAAAGAAAACUGUGGAUAAGUUGAAGAAGAAGAAAAGACAUUACUCAGAUGAAACCAAUGCUGAAAAAGACCCAGUAGCAUAUGAAAAUGAAGAAAACAAACAAGAAACCAGAGCAAAAGUUAGAAAAAGAAGAAGACGAGGAAACAAAGUAGAAACAGUUGAAAAGACAAUUGAUGGUUUAAAAGCCCCAGAGAUAUUUUGGUCAUUGUUUUGUAAUUUAACAGUUAGCAAGCUUACAGCUCUUGAACUGGAAGAUCUUACUGUGGAAGAUAAAAUGUUCUUCACAGACCCAUCUGUUCAUACUGGUGAACUACAUGAAUUGUCGCCAUAUUUAAAUCAAAUUCUUCCAAGCUGGUCAACACUAACAUCAAAAAUAGACAAAAAAAGUGGUGCUCCUGGCCUGUUGAUAAUAACUUCAGCGGCAACGCGCGCAACAGAUGUAGUAAGGGCUAUGGCUGAUUUUAGAGGCACUUGCAAAGUUGUUAAAUUGUUUUCAAAACACAUUAAGCUUGAAGAGCAAGAAGAAUAUCUGGAAAAGCAUGUUGUGCAUCUUGGGGUUGGAACACCGAAUCGAAUUUGUAAAUUAAUGAAAUCAGGUGCCCUAAGGCUAUCAAAUCUUAAGUCUGUUAUAUUAGACUGGACUUGGCGGGAUGCGAAACAACGCAGACUCAUGGACAUUCCGGAGAUUCAACAAGAUUUGGUCACGCUACUGAAAGAUAUUAUUUUGGUACGAGCGCACAGAGGAAAAAUAAAAAUCGGCUUAUUUUAAGCCAAAACGCCGGUUAAAGGCUGCUUAGCCUACUAUAUACAAAAUGGCGCCUUGGUUUGCUAGAAUUUCUGCUAAACUGUGCCGCGCAAAUUAUACAUAAGCGCCCUGUCUGAAACCCAGCAUUUUACCACAAUCAUUAUGCACUUUCCUCUAAGUAUACAGUAUAUUUAAUUUUUUACUUUCCGGCGAAUUUCACUUGUAUUAGUCUAUUAUGUUAUUAACUAGAAAUGUCAGUAUUUUACUAAUAUAAAAGGAAUAAGACUGGAAGUGAAUAGGUGGAAGGAAUAAGACUGAAGUCUUAAGGGACAAGUUGAAAUGUGUGUGGGAAAUUAUGGAAUUUUGGUAACAUGCAGUAAUAUAUACACAGCUGAGCUAGUGUACCCUCUUUCUUAGUGCACAUGCUCGGCACGGCCCAAUUAUUUCUCACAACGGUUCAUUCGCAAAAACACCAUCAGAGAAAGCCGAAUUAUUUAAUCGAUUUUUUGCAUCCGUUUUCCAAAUAUCUCAACCACGUGACGGAGAAGUUUUGAUAUUGUCGAGAACUGAAGCAGAACUGUCAGAAAUGAUGAAACCGUUCUCAACUAUCUGUCACAUCGAGCGGUCCCGAUGGUAUUACAGCGCUCCUCUUAAAAGAAUGCCGAGAACAAAUUGCAUCAAGUCUCUGCGCACUCUUCAACCUCUCGUUAAGUACCGGGUGUGUUCCAAUAGAGUGGAAGUCGGCGCACAUUACUCCCAUUCAAAAAAAAUAAUCCAAAGAACCAGCCAGUGACUAUAGACCAAUCUCGCUGCUUCCUAUCGUCAGUAAAGUCCUAGAACGUUGCGUUUUCUCAAAAUUCUAUGACCACGUAGCUCACCUAAGCAACCCAGCACAACAUGGCUUUCUUCGCAAUCGUUCUUAUGUUUCUCAGCUCCUCUCCGUUCUCCACUUAUUUGAACUUCUCUAAAGCCUUCGACUCGGUAGCUGUCGGUGUGGUUUCCAGCGAACAACAUCACGCUGUCGAGACGCCUGGAGAGAGUGCAGAGACGGGCGACGAAGUAGUAUCUGCUCUGCUGACACUAUCCUACGACUGUGAGAUAAGGACCUGGUUCACCUGUAUAAGUCGUCCUUUGGCUUUCUAAAUGUAGACACUCAAAACUACAUUACGUUCGUCAGCCAUGAUCGCACCCGGCUAAGCUGUAAAUCCCCAUAAGUGCUUUAAACUCAAUCGUGCAAAACCAGUACUUUUCAAUCAUCCUUCUAUAACCGUAUCAUUUGUAAACUCUAUUUGUAAAGACAUUAACUUUGAUCUCAUCACCAAUCCUAACUGUUUUAAAACUCUUCUGAAAAGAAAGUACUCUUGUCGAUUGUCCCUGCUCGUGAUUGUUCGCGUCAAUAUCAUAGAUCCUAAUUAGUGACAGACUGUAUCAUUUCUAUUAUGUUUGUGAUAUUUUUUAAUGUAUUUUGCAUGGUUCUUGCACUAGUUCCGUUUAUACCUUGCCAUUUAAGAUCAUUAUUUGUUAAUUUUGUUUCGUAUUAAUUUUGUUAGCUACCGUAUGUAUAAUGUGUUCGCACUGACUGUCCUAACUGCCAAGUUGUCGGAAAAUUUUUUAAAACAACUGUGAACAAAUUUGUUACCAGUUUUAAUACCGA